AUGAUCCCGAGGCUGCUUGCGAUUGCUGCUGGCGGAUUCUCUUCUCCUGAUCCAGAUCACCAAUCGCUCCAUUCCUCCUCACUCACCAAUCGCUCCAUUCCUCCUCACUCACCAAUCGCUCCAUUCCUCCUCACUCACCAAUCGCUCCAUUCCUUCCUCACUCACCAAUCGCUCCAUUCCUCCUCACUCACCAAUCGCUCCAUUCCUCCUCACUCACCAAUCGCUCCAUUCCUCCUCACUCACCAAUCGCUCCAUUCCUCCUCACUCACCAAUCGCUCCAUUCCUCCUCACUCACCAAUCGCUCCAUUCCUCCUCACUCACCAAUCGCUCCAUUCCUCCUCACUCACCAAUCGCUCCAUUCUCCUCACUCACCAAUCGCUCCAUUCCUCCUCACUCACCAAUCGCUCCAUUCCUCCUCACUCACCAAUCACUCCAUUCCUCCUCACUCACCAAUCGCUCCAUUCCUCCUCACUCACCAAUCGCUCCAUUCCUCCUCACUCACCAAUCGCUCCAUUCCUCCUCACUCACCAAUCGCUCCAUUCCUCCUCACUCACCCAAUCGCUCCAUUCCUCCUCACUCACCAAUCGCUCCAUUCUCCUCACUCACCAAUCGCUCCAUUCCUCCUCACUCACCAAUCGCUCCAUUCCUCCUCACUCACCAAUCGCUCCAUUCCUCCUCACUCACCAAUCGCUCCAUUCCUCCUCACUCACCAAUCGCUCCAUUCCUCCUCACUCACCAAUCGCUCCAUUCCUCCUCACUCACCAAUCGCUCCAUUCCUCCUCACUCACCAAUCGACCAUUCCUCACUCACAAUUCGCUCCAUUCCUCCUCACUCACCAAUCGCUCCAUUCCUCCUCACUCACCAAUCGCUCCAUUCCUCCUCACUCACCAAUCGCUCCAUUCCUCCACUCACCAAUCGCUCCCUGCCUCCUCACUCACCAAUCGCUCCAUUCCUCCUCACUCCCCAAUCGCUCCAUUCCUCCUCACUCACCAAUCGCUCCAUUCCUCCUCACUCACCAAUCGCUCCAUUCCUCCUCACUCACCAAUCGCUCCAUUCCUCCUCACUCACCAAUCGCUCCAUUCCUCCUCACUCCCCAAUCGCUCCAUUCCUCCUCACUCACCAAUCGCUCCAUUCCUCCUCACUCACCAAUCGCUCCAUUCCUCCUCACUCACCAAUCGCUCCAUUCCUCCUCACUCACCAAUCGCUCCAUUCCUCCUCACUCACCAAUCACUCCAUUCUUCCUCACUCACCAAUCGCUCCAUUCCUCCUCACUCACCAAUCACUCCAUUCCUCCUCACUCACCAAUCACUCCAUUCCUCCUCACUCACCAAUCGCUCCAUUCCUCCUCACUCACCAAUCGCUCCAUUCCUCCUCACUCACCAAUCACUCCAUUCCUCCUCACUCACCAAUCGCUCCAUUCCUCCUCACUCACCAAUCGCUCCAUUCCUCCUCACUCACCAAUCGCUCCAUUCCUCCUCACUCACCAAUCACUCCAUUCCUCCUCACUCACCAAUCGCUCCAUUCCUCCUCACUCACCAAUCGCUCCAUUCCUCCUCACUCACCAAUCACUCCAUUCCUCCUCACUCACCAAUCACUCCAUUCCUCCUCACUCACCAAUCACUCCAUUCCUCCUCACUCAUCCAAUCGCUCCAUUCCUCCUCACUCACCAAUCGCUCCAUUCCUCCUCACUCACCAAUCAAUCCAUUCCUCCUCACUCACCAAUCACUCCAUUCCUCCUCACUGACCAAUCACUCCAUUCCACCUCACUCACCAAUCGCUCCAUUCCUCCUCACUCACCAAUCGCUCCAUCUGCCCUCUGCCGUGUGUGCGAGUGCGAGCGGUCACGAGAUGCCACCGAGACGUCUCAAGCUGUAA